AUGAGAGAAGCGGAAAGAAAACCAGAAGACAAAAGGUCUAAGCAAAGUCCUCAAUGGCUAGAGUCAAGAAUUCAUAACCUGAUGAUCUCGGUGAAGAAAACUAUGAGAGACCAAAAUGAAACAUUGAAACUUGUACUGGAUGAAGAGUAUCAAAAGCUUGCUCAUACUAAUGGCUGCUAUCUCUUUUGUUCAAAUUUUCAAAUUGUUAAAUUGCUGUCAUUAACUUUGGGUUCUACUUUGUCUUAUGCUCUUAUUCAUGAAGUCAAUGUAACAUUUUGUUCAUUAUCUUUCUUGCUUUUCUCUCUGUCGUCCAGUCCAAAUGAUGGAUCUUUUGUUUUAAUUCUAAUCACAGAAAGGGUCAUUUCGCAAAGUUUUUUCUUAAGUGGAGCAUCCGUUUUUCCGAAGGAAACAUCUUGUGGAUUAAUAAUUAAGAAAGUACGUUCUUCAAUUCCCAGAUGCAGUGAUGCCUCUAACUCGAGUGGUGGUAAAGAUGAAUCCUCAAACCAGCAGAAGACACCUUUCGGAUACACAAGAAAGGAUGUUUUACUGAUCGGACUUGGAGUUACUCGUGCUGGCAUUGGCCUGGAAAGAGGAUUGGAGUUCAUUGGAGUUGAUCCGUUACAAGCUGGGAAUGUUGUUCAGUUAGUCCUAGUGUUGGGGCUUACAGUUGGAUGGAUUUAUACUUAUAUAUUCAGAGUUUCAAACAAGGAAAUGACAUAUGCUCAACAGUUGCGCGAUUAUGAGGACAAAGUCAUGCAGGUUAUACUGUAGCCUAAAACUGUAAAAACUCAAGAAUAUUUUUUCUCAUUUACUCGUGGUAUAUUUUGCUUUCUAUAUUCUAAAAAGUUC